UCAGGGAGAUCAAAUUACACAGCACACACCUUUGGUCUAGACCAGAACCCCUUUAGUAUAAAUUCUGAAUCUUCCCUGGUUUAGAACAGACAACCACAAAGAAAAUGGACCUUCAAGUGAGUCUCACUUGGAUGCUUCUGUUAAGUGCUUCUCUCCUAUGUGAACCAGCAAGUGGUUUCUGGUGGCAGCCCACAGGAGGUGGAGAUCCAAACUCAGCAUGGAAAAGAUUCUUAGAAUGGAUGAGAAACACAUUUGGACCUAAAGAAGAUCCGCCGCAAUUGCGACUGGCAUCUGGUGGGGACAGAUGUGCCGGAAGGGUUGAAGUUUACCACAAAGGCGAAUGGGGGACAGUCUGUGAUGAUUACUUCAAUAUGAACAGUGCCAAUGUUGUAUGCAGACAACUUGGUUGUGGCCGUGCUGAUUCUGUCUAUGGAUGGUCUUACUUUGGCCCUGGCAAAGGAAACAUCCUCCUGGAUGAUGUGCGGUGUACAGGAACUGAAUCUUACCUUUGGGACUGUCCGCACGCUGGCUGGAACAAAAAUGACUGCGGACACAAUGAAGAUGUCAGUGUCAUCUGUUCAGAUGCAGUAUCCCCCACGACUGCACCACCGGAGAAUCCCCAAACUACAAGUUCAUCACCAACAAUUACCACAGACAGCACCGUAACCUCUACCACAGAACUGCCGACUUGUACUGGCAAAGCUUCCUCCUCUGCACCCAGCCCAGACACAACAGGGACAGAGACACUGUCUGCUACAGUGACCGUGACAACCCUCGAGGAAGAUCCAUCUUCCACACCCACUGUUCUUGCAGAGGAAAGCACCACAUUGGCCCCUGAAAUCCCAACCACAGUUUUUGAAGGUUCCUCCUUUGCUUCCACUGCCAUUACAGAAGAAGACAGGACAUCAGAAACCCUGACCACACCAAAGGAAGAAGCAUCAACAGCACCAACCCCACCUACAACAGGCAGUGCUACCUCGGUUCCAGAAAUCCCUUCCACAGCUCCUGAAGCUUCCUCCUCUGCACCCAGCCCAGACGCAACAGGGACAGAGACACUGUCUGCUACAGUGACCGUGACAACCCUCGAGGAAGAUCCAUCUUCUGCACCUGCUGUUCUCGCAGCGGAAAAUACCACAUUGGCCCCUGAAAUCCCAACCACAGUUUUUGAAGCUUCAACUGAUGAUUCUACCACAGAACUGGAUGACUUAAUCACAUCUGCCCCAGUCACAGAGACCAGCGAGCCAGCCACAACUCCAGCAUUACCCUCUACAACAAAUGAAGCAGCUGCUUCAGCUCAGUCCCUGCGACUCGCAGACGGCGACAGCAGGUGCUCGGGCCGUGUCGAGCUCUAUUACAACGGCAGCUGGGGCACGGUGUGCGACGACGGCUGGGACCUAGCGGACGCCAAGGUCGUGUGCCGGCAGCUGGGCUGUGGGGAAGCUCUGCUGGCCGUGCCCGAGGCCCAGUUUGGGCAGGGCUCCGGGAACAUCCUCCUUGACGAAGUGCAGUGCGGAGGGGGCGAAAGCAGCCUGUGGGAGUGCUCUCACAGAGGGAUAGCAGUACACAACUGUCAGCCGAAAGAAGACGCCAGCGUCAUUUGCGCAGAGCCAGUUACUCCCACAGGCCCGACAGAGCCCGUCCCAUCUGUCCCUCUGGAGCCUACCACACCUGGCACAACAGCCCCAGCUGAGACCACUGUGGCCGAAACACCAGCCCCUGCUGAAACCACCACGCCUCCAGUACCAGCCCCAACUGAGACCACUGUGGCUGAAACACCAGUCCCUGAUGAAACCACCACGCCUCCAGUACCAGUUCCGACCGAGUCCCCAGCAGCAGAAACAUCAGCUCCUCCAAAAUCAAGGCCAGCACCUAUAAGCCAAGCAACCCUCACCUGUCUGCCUAAUUACAUGCGGGCCAUCAUCAGGAGAUCCUACCUCAGCUCCCGAGGGUACCUCGCAGGGAGCGUCCACCUGCAAGACCCCAGGUGCAGGCCUGUGAUCACCGACUCCUACGUCACCUUCCGCAUACCGUACAACGGCUGUGGCACGAGGAGGCUGAUAACGCGUGAAGCCAUCACUUAUUCCAACACAGUGGAAGGAUCCAUGUCUGGCAACCUCUACAGCAGAAAUAGGAACUCGCUGCUGAACCUCGCCUGCAGAAUAUACAGCAACCCCGGUUUCAAUGCUCUACCCAGCAUUAGAGAGUCUCCGUACCAGCAAACUCCAUCUGGACGAUUUGUUGUCAGGUUUACCUUUUAUGAUUCACCGUCUUUUUCCAAUGUAGUGAGGGCUCCACCAUACUACGUUCUGCCAAGCCGGGAUUUGUUUGUUCGUGCUACCCUCUACGGCGCAGAGCCGAAUCUGAUGCUGUUUGCAGACACGUGUGUGGUCUCUCCAAAUCCUUAUGACUUUACAACUGUGGCAUCUGAUAUAAUAAGAAAUGGGUGUGUAAGAGACCCAACUUAUAGGAGCUACUAUUCACCAGACAGGAGGAUUGUCCAGUUCAAAUUCAGAGCCCCCAGCUUUAUCGGCAGAUACUCAUCCGUUUACCUGCAGUGCAAAAUGUCAGUGUGCAACAGAUACAAUUAUUCCUCCCGAUGCUACCAGGGCUGCAUAAGGAGAAACAAAAGAAGCACAAGUGACAGCGAUGAAGACGUCGUUGUUGUGGUCUCCAGAUUACAGUAGCACCAAUAAUGCUUCUUCUAAUUAUAAUAUCAUGUUGAUCACUUACAUACACGAUCAGUGUGUUGCACACCUGCUAAUAAAUUCUAAAAGUAAAUUUUAAUAGGGGGCGUAAAUCUAAAGGUAUUGUAAUCUUAACUGUACUUGUGUUUCUUAAUUUCAGAUAUUUUUAUCUAUAUUCCAGAUCUGUAAAAGCCUAAGCUUCAGUAAAAACUCUCCCUGACAAAGUGUAAUUGGAUCAGCUGGCUGAUUUUUCUCAUCAAAGCUGUUUUCCUCUUACUGUUCUUACAGUUCUCCACAUUUUACUGAAUAGCUCAAAUACUUAGCAUGCAGGAAUGAUUAACCUGCCUUACAGAUGUAAGCAGCUGUGCUGCUUUCUGAGCUCAAGAAGAGACCUAAAUCAGAGGAUAAGAAUCCCUUGCAACCAAUAAUGCCUAAACAAUUAUUGUAAAUAGGAAUUCUGAAAUAAUUGGAAAAAAAAUAUUGUACAUGUCCUGAGAUACAAUCCCUGCAGUACCUAUAAACUAUUAAAAUCUUCCAUAUGUUAGUUUUUAUUACUGGAGACUAGAACUAUAGCACAUCUAUUUUUUUUUUCAUUACAAGCAUUUGCUUCAUCAUUUUCCUUUCAAUAUCUGUUCAAAUUAAAUCACUUUGAGCCAAAAAAAAAAA